UGCGCUAAGAGAUACGAACUGCCGCCGUCGCAACCAGGCCGCAAGAGUGUAAUCGUCGAACCUGGCGAUAUAUUGUUAUUUCCCGUUCAUGCUAUACAUCGCGAUCCGAAGUACUUUCCGAAUCCGGAUAAGUUCGAUCCCGAAAGAUUUAGCGAGGAGAAUAAAGAUAAUAUAUUGCCGUACACUUAUCUGCCAUUCGGUCAUGGUCCCAGAAAGUGUAUCGGCAAUCGAUUUGCUCUUAUGGAGACUAAGAUUCUCAUUGCGCAUCUUUUACAAAAGUUUACUUUGAAGACUACGGAUAAGACCGUC